CAACUCUCUACCAUUAUGUUGAGAGUAUCUGGAAAUUUGCUAAAGUCGGAAAGAGUACUCUUUCGAAGUGCGUCGAUUCGCUUUUACUCAGACAACUUCUCAGAGCGUUUAGCGAAAGGACCGACUUUUUCAGACUUCUUAAAUCUGGAAAAGCCUCUUAAUGGGGAGGAAGCCUUUGAGUUAGAUAGAAAGGUAGAGCUUCCUAAUGGAGCAGUUCAUAAGCGUCUUCCUUCUUGGUUGAAAACGAAGGUGCCGCUUGGGUCCAAUUUCACCAAAAUAAAAAAUGACUUACGCGGGUUAAAUCUGCAUACUGUUUGUGAAGAGGCAAAAUGUCCAAAUAUUGGAGAAUGUUGGGGAGGAAAGGACAAGAGUCAAGCUACUGCAACGAUCAUGCUGAUGGGUGAUACUUGCACUCGUGGUUGCAGGUUUUGUUCCGUCAAAACUAGUCGCCGCCCUCCUCCUUUAGAUCCCAAUGAGCCUGAAAAAACAGCGGACGCCAUCACCCGUUGGAAUCUAGGUUAUGUUGUGCUCACCAGUGUCGAUCGAGAUGAUCUGGCUGAUUUGGGCGCCAACCACAUUGCCAAAACCAUUGAUAGCAUCAAGCAAAAGGCUCCCCAUAUCCUUGUGGAGGCACUUACACCAGAUUUUGGUGGAAGGUUGGAUCUCGUAGAAAUGGUUGCCAAGUCUGGUCUCGAUGUUUUUGCACAUAAUGUAGAGACUGUGGAAGACUUGACCCCUUAUGUUCGUGACCGUAGAGCCACUUAUCGUCAAAGUUUGAAUGUUUUGGAGCAGGCCAAGAAAACGGUUCCUCAUUUGAUUACGAAAACAAGUAUCAUGCUGGGACUUGGUGAAAGAGAUGAGGAAGUCUUGCAAGCAUUAAAGGAUUUGAGAGCUCAUGGUGUUGAUGUUGUAACUUUUGGUCAAUAUAUGAGACCGACGAAGCGUCAUGCUAAGGUUCAAGAAUAUAUCCACCCUAAGAAGUUUGAGUAUUGGCAAGGAGUUGCUGAAAAGCUCGGUUUCUUGUAUGUUGCCAGUGGCCCUCUUGUACGUAGUAGCUAUAAGGCUGGUGAAUUUUUCAUUAAAAACUUGAUUGAGAAGAGAUCAGGAAAUUCAACUUUAGCUGGUCCUUAACGUUCCUUUGUCAUGAGUUUUCAUAAAUCCAUCAUUUUGGCAUUCUGCACUAUUCGAAGAACCUAAUAUUUUUAAUAAUCAUUUUUUUUUCUAAUUCCAUACUAACCC